AUGCCAGAACCAGUAUCCGGCACGGGGGCCCAGCAUAAGCAUGAAGCUACGUAUGACUUGGGCUUUCUUGUACCUGUCGGCACUGGAGCACGUGCAGGCUCCGAAACCAGCCAGCGCGGCUUCGUCAAACCGAACAGCGAUGCAAAGCUGACGGCCGGUGACCAGGCAGUUGCAGGCAGCGUUGCAAAAGCCGCCGCGGACACAGAGGAAGCAGGCACAGUCCUGGUAGUGGGGGUCGGCGAGGCAUCUGAAGCCUGGCGCAGACAGGCACGCCGCUUCGGAGAAACUGGGGAGUUCCGGCACUUGCGCACCUUCACUGGGGUCUACCGUGGUGUUGCCUGGGCGGUGUACAUGAGCGCCUACAUCAGCGCUCGCGAUGUCCUGUCAAAAGGCCCGAGGCCCUUUGGGGACUCGGGGCUGACCUUCGUGGCGGCUGGCGUGGUUGCCGAGGUUGCUGGCUCCGUGAUUCGCCUCCCCAUGGAGGUGGCAAAGCUGAGGCUUCAACUCGGCGCUUACCGCAACACGUGGCACGCCUUCAAGGACUUGGGCAUGGACCUCAAAAGCCUUUAUCGCGGAAGCUUCCUGCCGCAAACUGUCCUGCACGACUGCUCCUACAGCGCGUGUGGGUGGCUCAUCUUCGAGUCGAGCAGGCUUGGGUCUGGACAUCAUCAAAUCAAGGUCUCGCAAAAGUGA